AUGACUGAGGAGAAGAAGGCGAUUGUGAGGGAUCUUGGAUUCGGUGGGUUGAUGCACAUCCCACCUCUGAGGGUGGAUCACCAACUCUUGAGAGAGUUGGCAAAAAACUUCAAAAUUGGGGAGAACAAACUGAGGACAGGAUAUGGUUCUUUCCAUAUAACCCCAAAAAAAAUAGGUGAUGCGCUUGGCAUCAAUGCAACAGGAGAUCUAUUUCCUGAGAAAGUUGACUACAAGAAACUUUCUGAAUCUGACAAAAUAAUUUAUAAAAGAUUCCAGGGUAAGACCCUCAAAAGUCUUACCGAUGAUAUGAUGCAAAUCGGCGUUGGCAACAAAGAGGAACGCCUGAUGUUCAAGAGGAUAUUCAUCCUCUACAUACAGAUGGCGUUCCUUUUGCCAACGACGAUAAACAAAAUAUCGCCGGUGCACCUGGUCCCGAUUUUUGAGAUGGAGGGCAUAGAGGACAGAAACUGGGGGGGGCAUGUCUUGACCUUCAUGAUCAGGGGCAUAAAAGACUACCAGGAGAAGAAGAAGAAGGCAAUCAAUGGCUGCCUCUUCGCCCUCAUGAUAAUCUACUUUCACCUUUCAAAAAACAGACGCAACAACAGGGGUGAAAGACCACCAAAGCCAUGGAUUGCCAACUGGACUAAGGAGCAGUUGGUGAAAAGAAUGAAUGAAGAGAGAGAGGAAACUUUGGGGAUUCUGAAUUUGGCAGAGACAAAAGAAAAAAUGAGAAAAAAAGAAAAAAAACAAAAAGAACAGGAAAUAAAAAAAACAAAAAAAAGGAAGGCGAGCUCAACAUCGUCUUCGGAGACAGAAACUACCGAGAGUGACACUUCUACCUCUGAGUCUGAGGCUCAAGAAGACUCGGAGGAUUCGGGAAUUAAACACCCCAGCAAAAAGGGGAAAAAAAUGGACUCAAGAAAAAGAAAGCAGAGGGAAGAGGAGUCAGAUUCUGAUUCAGAAUCUGAAUCUGAAUCAAGUGACGAGUAAUGUCCUGAAAUUAUUACUCCUUUCUUUUGGCUUCGUUAUAAAGA